ACAACUUUAUUGUUUUUGAACCGCAGACAACGACGAACAACGGUCUGGCGCUGCAGCCUUUGAAAUGGCGCUGAUGCAGUCAAACAAGCCACUAUUUACAGUUAUUCGGCUGGUUUAGGUCGCUGCGGGCUUUAGUUGUCUGGUACCGUUCGAAGCGUUGGCUCGGGCCUGUGUAUUUGGGCAUUAGGGAGUCGAUAAACAAUGAUGUGGUGAAGCAAAUUUUUUAACAAUUAACGUUGCAUAAUAAGGCCGCAGCUAACUCCAGGCUACCGUAGGGAUUACUACGGCUUUCGAGUGCUUGGCCUUCCCGCUGCUGGAUUUCGGUUAUCUGGUGAAUCCCAGCCAUCAUAAUGCAGUAGUGUGACCAGCCAGAUUUACAGUUCAUAUCAACAGAAACAUUUCUCUCUCUAUACCAUGAAUUAAGUUUUAAGUGAAAAGUAAUUCUCCCUUAAAUAAGUUUUGACAUUUUCUCAUUAAUAAUAAUUGAUUAUUAACACAAACAAUCAGUAUGGCAUCAGUGCCAGUGUACUGUCUGUGUCGUCUGCCAUAUGAUGUGACACGCUUCAUGAUCGAGUGUGACAUUUGUCAAGACUGGUUCCAUGGAAGCUGUGUUGGGGUUGAGGAAGACAAAGCAGCUGAGAUUGACCUGUACCACUGUCCUAACUGUCAGGUUACCCAUGGGCCGUCUGUCAGUAAGUUCAAAUUGCGUAAACGCCGUGGAGGGAAUAAGCAGACCGAUGGUGGUGCUGCAGCAGGACGGAAUCCAAGUCAGCCCGUUAAGACUGGCAGUUCACAGUUUGUUAGGGAGCUACGGAGCCGCACCUUCCCAAGUGCUGAUGAAGUGUUGCUAAAGCCGUCUGGAGCCCAGCUUACAGUGGAGUUUCUUGAAGAACAUUCAUUCAGUGUUCCUGUCAUGGUACUGAGACGGGAUGGGCUAGGCAUGACACUUCCUCCAUCAUCAUUCAGUGUCAGUGAUGUAGAGCACUACAUUGGAGCAGACAAAGAGAUAGAUGUGAUUGAUGUGUCACGCCAAUGUGACCUGAAGAUGCGGUUGGGGGACUUUAUUGAAUAUUACAACAGCCCCAACAGAGACAGAGUGCUCAAUGUCAUCAGCCUGGAGUUCUCUGAGACCAGGCUCUCAAACCUGGUGGAGACUCCAAAGAUUGUGAGGAAACUGUCAUGGGUGGAAAAUCUCUGGCCCGAGGAGUCUGUGUUUGAACGUCCCAAUGUGCAGAAGUACUGUCUAAUGGGAGUGAAGGAUAGCUACACAGACUUUCACAUUGACUUUGGUGGUACCUCAGUAUGGUAUCAUGUCUUGAGGGGCGAGAAAAUCUUCUACCUGAUUUCACCCACACCAGCCAACCUGGCACUUUUUGAGAGGUGGAGUUCUUCAUCAAACCAGAAUGAGAUGUUCUUUGGAGACCAGGUUGAUAUGUGUUACAAGUGCUCUGUCAAACAAGGAAACACCUUGUUCAUACCAACAGGGUGGAUUCAUGCUGUCCUGACUCCAGUGGACUGUCUGGCCUUUGGAGGAAACUUCUUGCAUAGUCUCAACAUUGACAUGCAGCUGCGAGCAUAUGAAAUAGAGAAGAGAUUAAGCACAGCAGACUUGUUCAGAUUUCCCAACUUUGAGACUGUGUGCUGGUAUGUUGGAAAGCAUCUUCUUGACACCUUCAGAGGUUUGAGAGAAAAUCGCAGACACCCUGCCACUUAUCUUGUUCAUGGGGCUAAAGCAUUGAACAAUGCGUUCCGCAGCUGGACCCGUAAAGAGGCUUUAGCAGAGCAUGAAGCGGAGAUUCCAGAAACGAUCAGCACUCAAACACUUGUGAAAGACCUGGCCAAAGAGAUUCGUCUGGUUGAGGAUAUCUUCCAGCAAAACAUUGGCCGCGCUGGACCGCAGUUUCCUGGCUCACCACUCUCUAAAGCUCCUCUGACAGCCUCUCAGAAUUCCGGACGUCCGCCUGGAAAAAAGAAAGGACCAAAGCCAAAAGAAGUAAUUGGGGGCCUUGGGCCCCCAGGAAACAAGAAUAAGAGUCAAAAGGGCACGCUUAAGGCAGAGGCUGGAGAGCUGGACCUGAUUGAGAUCCACACCAAACAUACACUCAAGAAAUUUCAACCUGGCAAGUCGAAAAGCAAGAACAAGACUGAGUUACCAUUAGAAGAAUUGGAAGGGAAGCUAAAUAAAAGCAAACUGAAACUUGUGCUAACCAAUGGAAAAAUUCAAGGUAAGAAGGGUGGCAACAGCAAUGGUGCAGGGGGUGCUGGAAACUACAGACAUCUUGCCUUGGAGGGAUCCAGUCUGUCUGACCUGGAGUCUGAGGAUGAGCUGCAGAUUGACGAAAGACCCCCUCCCCGACGCAAACCUCCAGGACCUAGCAAGAAAAAGAAACUAAGUGGUCUUCCUAGGAAGCUGCCAAGAGCCAAACCUUGCUCGGAUCCAAAUCGCAUCAGGGAGCCUGGAGAGGUCGACUUUGACAUUGAGGAGGAUUACACCACGGACGAAGAGGCACUGGCUGCCCAUGGAGUGAAGAGUGGUGCAGGGGGCAUUCUGGACUUACUAAAGGCCAGCAAGCAAGUGGCAGGCCUGGACUCUUCAGCACUGAGUGAGGAAGCCCCAGCCUCUCCUAGUACUCGUGAUGCCAUUCAGGGUAUGCUCUCCAUGGCCAAUCCCCCUUCCUCUUCCUCAUCCUCAUCCUCCUCAUCUCCCUUAUCUUUAUCUGGAGGCCUGACAGAGGGAUUAGGAGUGGUCAAGGGAAAGGGUGGCAAGGCUGUGUGGGUGACUGGAGGGGUCAAAAAGACAGGAAGUUCUGAGAAGAAACCUGUCAUCCAACGGCCUGGGAAACGGCCAAUUAAAAGACCAGCUCGUCACAUUAGUGAAGAGGACAGUCCAGAUGAGCAAGAAACUCUGGGAACGUGUUUUAAAGAUUCAGAUUAUGUUUACCCAUCUUUGGAGUCUGAUGAAGAGGACCAUGCAAAUAAGGCUAAGAUGAAGCGCAAGAAGAACUGGGAUGACACACCAUGGAGUCCUAAAGCCAGAGUGAUGCCCACUCUUCCCAAACAAGAGCGACCAGCCAGGGAAGGGGCGAGAGUUGCAUCUGUAGAAACUGGUCUCGCUGCUGCUGCUGCCAAGCUUGCACAACAAGAGCAGCAAAAACCUGCUAAAAGAAAGUAUACCAAAAAACAGCGACCUCCUGCUCCAGUAGUCACUCCUCCCCCUGCUCAGACUGAGCCAGCACCACCAUCCCCUUCACCAACCCCAGAGUCUUCAGGAGACUUCAGCCCAGAGAGCAAGAUGGAUUAUUACUCCGCUAGUCUUCUGGACCAUGAAUACACAGCGGGACCAGGACCUUUUGGUUCCGGAGGCCCUAGAGGUAGUGGAGCCAUGGCCCCUGGUGUGUUCCUCACUUCACGCCGACCUUCCCUGUCUCCGCAAAACAGCAGCUCUCUCACUGGUGGAUCCCCUGCAAGUUCAGCCAGCCAAGGAACACUGGGAGUUGGUCAAGGGAAACGUCCAAAGAAAGGACUUGCAACUGCAAAACAGAGACUUGGAAAAAUUCUGAAAAUUCACCGCAAUGGCAAACUUCUCUUGUAAGCGAUGUUGGAAACAUGGGAAUUAAGAAAAAACAUUUUGUGAUAGUAGGUCUGAAGGAAAUACAAAGAGUAAUCUAUAUUUUGUACUUUAGAUAAGUUUGUUUACUGUUCUCAUCUUAGUUGAACCUCAUUAUGUGUUGUCCAAGUAGUCGGCCCAAUCGGAAGCCUGUUUUAGCACUCCACUUUCUUACAUCUGCAUUACAUUUGCAGACACAGCUCUGAUUGUAAACAAAUCACUAAAAUCUUCUAGACACACAUUCACUGUGGUAAAACACAAAAUCACAUAUAACAGGAAAUUGUGAAGUGUUUUCAAAUGACAGGCUGACAGUAAUUUAACUAACUAGUUUGACCAGCAUAAUAAACAAAACCGAUUGUUUCUUUUGUUUAUAGAUUUUUGCUAUUUUUAGAGACUGUAUUUAUGCAAAUACAUUAUACUGUCCAUAAUAAUUGUUUUAAAGGGAAAGAAAACACAGUCAUUCAGUUGUAAUGUUAUAUUUAGCUGUUAAUUUUUACCUCAAAUUCUUGUGUGGUGUGAUAUCCACAGCAUGUCAAUCUUUACACUUAACACAAUUUUGCAAAAAGCCAGUGGUCAGCACCCUGUAUGAAGAUGUAUUUAUGCUUCAAAUUUGUGUUAUAUUACUCAUUUUCAUUCAUACAAUGAAGUGUUAUACAUCAAAUAGGAAGCUGUAAACAAAUGCCAAGAGUAACAUACAUUUUUAUUUAUCAUAUUUAUUUAUCAAGACAACGCUUUGCAAUUGUUAAAUCAGUUUUAAUGUAGUAUGUUUUUAUCACCUCAUCUUUUUGGUCCCUACUUGAUUAUUUUCAAGGGUUAGGGUUAACCCUAACCCUAACCCUCAACACAUGCUAAAAAAAAAUUUUCUUUGGCUUUAUUAUAGUUUUUUUUUUUUUUUACAGUUUAAGUUGACAGUGUAAAUAUUUGUAAAAUGUGUAAUUUAUAUAGCUACAUUGGAAAAGCAGAAAAAAAUAGUAUCCUGCAGGAUCCCAUAGUCCAUUGGGACAGAUAUAGACAUGUGCUUGCUUUCCACAAAAUGUACUAGUGAAAAAAUGUUAACACAAAAUGUAGAUUUAAUUGUGUGAAAAUUUGUGAAGUUGCAGAACAUGAAUUUCUAUGUAAAUAUAUGUUGUAAUUUAAGUUUUUUUAUAGUUCAAACACUUUGAAAACUUUCUUAACAUAACUUGUACAUGAUACAUUUCUGUAUUUGGAAAAUAUCUUCAAUAGUUCUUUUUUAUAUUUGUAUGCGGUAAUUGUCAUGCUUGGUGUGUCAUGUCUUGUUAGCAUUAUAUUGCAAGUGUGCUGGAAAAAAAUGCCCUUGUUCAAUAACAUCAAUUUAGUUUUAUAUUAAUUAUUGUUGAUAUUCACUCUUGUGUUUUUGUGUGUAUUGUGUUUCAAACAUGAUGUGUUUAAAUACAACCUGGAAAGAUAAAAUAUACCUUGGGCAAAA